GUACUCUGUAGUCGUGGCUGCAUACACUGGCUUGCGCGUGUUGGUGUCGGUGAGUGGAAUUGCGACUACUACGCGCAAUCGAGAGAUCUGCGCUCGCUACUAUCUCCGUCUCGCUUUCGCAGCAGCAGCAGCAGCAGCAGCUCUCGCGAGAUACGUGUGUUGGUGGCACACCAGCGUAUACGCCGUUCAGUCGUUUCGCGCUGCCUCUGCUUCUUCGAGGCUCCAGAGUGCGCUUUCCCUCUCGCGCCCGCAACUAUAUCGUUAGAACCGUGUAUAUACACAGAACAUUCGCUCGCGUAUGUAACGAGACUCCUAACCCAGCGUGGAAAAUCGCGAGUGCGAGGCCUAGUGCAAUCGAACCCGACCGUUUCGACCCAUAGUGCCGCUCUCUUUCUCGACUUUCGUCCAGUGGCCAGUGCUAGUGUUGAUACUCUCUCUCUUUCUCUGUGCUAAACUCCGAUCAACUUGUGCAUGCAUUAUAGUUGUUGCUGCUACCGCUGCCGCUGCUGCUGCCGCCGCCGUAGCUCCUGCUGCUGUUCCUGCUGCUGCUAUUCCGUAUCAGCACCCACGACUGCUACCUACUGCUACUGCUACUUAUGUCGAUGAUGCUGGGCUACCCGCAGACGACCCGAUCCAGCUCCCAGCUCGAAAAACAAACUACUUCAGCGGUUUCUGCUUCUCCUCGCUGCAAAGACUCUUGUCGGCGCUCGGAUGCGCACGUUUUAUAAAAAAGCAGCAUCCGCGCAUACAUACGCUCUUGUCUUCUACGACGUGCGUGCUCGCUGCUAGUUCGCGGCACAUUUUGUGUCUAACUCAUGUUGACUGUUCAGUGCGUUGACGCUUACCUCGUGGGCCUAUUUCUGCAACAGAUCUAAUCUCUCGUCGUUUGCCCCUAUCGUCUGUCUACACGGUCAAAUAGCUACCCGGGCGCUAGCGUCACAGCUGAGUGCAUGACGCUCCAUGCUGCGACUCCUCCAGGGAUCUAAUCCCCAUCGUUAUUCAACGAUUCUUAGUGGAUUUUUUUGUCCAACUGCAGUGUUCGCAGAUUUACGUCAAGUGUUGUUGUUUUAAACUCUAACAUGCUUGAACAAUUGUCAUUUAUCUGUUACUGUUGUUGCUGACUCCUGUUACUGCUUCAACUGCUGCUUCGUUAGUACCUGCAAAGAUGAAGACUGAGAAAAAGUCUAGUGAGCCUAGCUGCGUUUCCCCAGCUAUUGCUAAAGAGGAGCCUAAUGCCAAGCGAACCAAAUUAAAAGAUGAAACAGCCAUAGCGAAUCCUGAAGAAGUUCUCUCUGAGAAUUUAUCCACAGAUUGUUUGCAAGAUGCAUUAUUAGAACCUCCCAGUAUAACAGAAUCGUCAGCAUCUAAAACCUCUAUUAGCGAUGAUAAUCAAAAUGGUACACCUAGUGAACAAAACAUACUCAAUUCGAUCAAAGCAGAGGCUGAAGCCUAUAUCAAGUCUGAACCUGUGCCAGGAGCCAUUGCAGUACAUGCUACCCACAUCAACCCACAGAUGAUGAAUGUAAAUAAACCAAUAUCUGGAGUUUCUAACACCAGUGAAGCUCAAUACAUGCAGCAACAAAGUCAAAUAUUUGUUUUUUCAACACAAAUGGCUAAUAAAGGUGCAGAAAUGGUUAUGCAAGGGCAAUUCAAUACAAUAAUUGCUUAUCAUAUGGCACAGCCUAAUACUAAGAAGUAUUUGGAGAAACUACCCAAUAAGAUGAUAAACUUCAGGCAAAAUCAAAAUCAAUGGAUUAAUAAUUUUAAUUCUUCCAAACGAAAAGGUAUUAAUUCAAACUUACCAUUUGCCAAUGAAGCACCACCAGAUAUAUUAGGAUUAGAAUCAUCUGAUCCUGCUUUCUGGAAUGAACAAUCUAAUAUCCAGAAUAUUAAUGGCAAUAAUCCAAUAGGAAACCCUGAAUCAGCAGUAGAUAAUACAAAUAUUAAUGUGCCUUGCCCUGUGCCCAAUUCUCCCAGUAGUGCAGCUAAUGCCCAACCUAUUGGUGGUCCAACGAUAGAUCCAAAUACCAAUUUAAUUGGUAAUACGAGUCCAGGAUCAGGAAGACUAGUGCAACCUUCUUUGGCAGGAGUUAAAGUUCCAGAUGAAAAUUUAACUCCUGAACAACGGCAGCAUCGACAAGAGCAACUUAAUGCUCUUAACAAACUUGGUGAGAUGUUAAUGGGAGGAAAUGGAGGAAUGCAAAUGGAGUCAACACAAGGGAAUAAUGCGCAAAAUCUAACGGGUCCAAAUCCAAUGAACAAUUUACCACCUGUUAGUGGUCAAAAUCAAUACCCACCACAAGAUUGGCAAAAAUCACAACCCCUUCAAAGCCACAAAACAAAUCUUAGAAGUCCAGGAAUGCCUAUUAGAAAUAUUGGCGGUGGUGGUAUAGUUGGUGGUCCAAAUAGUGUAAGUGGAAAUAUAACAAAUAGCGGCCCUAUUGUUGGACCCCCAGGAGGACCACGAAGUCAAGGACCACCACCACCUUAUCAUCAAACUACACGAUCAGCCAGUGUGCCAAUUGCUAUUCAGAGUCCAAAUCCAGUGUCUCCUAAUAACCCCACCAGCAAUUUGUCACUUCCAUCCCCAAGAGCAAGUUCAGCUCUAAAUUCACCUGCAGAUUGCAAUAGACAAUUCCAACUAGGUAGUGGGGGAUCUGCUACAACUCAAGCCCCUGGUAGUCAAAGGUCGUCUACAGGAGUUUCUGGAACUCAUUUGCAAGGUCAAAGUCCAACCAGUCAAGAUUCACCAGCUGGAGUAGCACCAACGAGAAUCAAUCAUAGUAAUCCAGGAACCCCAUUAUCACACAAUCAUCUUGCAACUGCUCCUAGUCCUUCAGGAACACCUCAAAAAGAUUCAAGCUCACUUGAUUUUCCAACGAAUCAAUCUUCUAGCAUUGAUGGAAUGUUUCGAUCAUUACCAUCCAUGGCACCACAAAAACCAGCUGGUAAUCCAAAUGGACCUAAAGAAUUGAUGCCUGUUCCAAGCCCCCAACAAAUAUCGUACUUAACGACUUUUGAAGGGCAAGAAUUAACGAUACAAAAACAACCUAACACUACUGUUAAAGACGGAAGUAGCAUGCCUACAAAUCAUUCGGGCAAUAUCAAUUCUGAAAUGAAUAAUAGAAUGUUAUCUGGUGGGAACAUUGAUGGUUCUGGAGUUGGAUCUGGUAAUGGUGGAAACAAUAAUAACCCUUAUGCAUCUCAAUCAGAAGGAGCAAGUCCUGGCUCAAAUAGGGGUUUCGGCCAUAGUCCACAUACGCCCCAUACACCUCACACGCCAGGAAGUGUAGCACCACAUACGCCUAAUAUUGAUACUACCAAAACUGGCAACAAAAAUACCAGUGCUCAAAGCAGCCCUGCAUCACAUAAUGCCGCCCUUGCAGAUAUGGGUAUGGGCCCUCCUCGAACUGUACCUGCAUCUCCCAACACCAAAAUUGAUACAUCACCGACGUCGAAAGAGCUUCAACAGCAACAACUACAGCAAAACGUUUCAAAUAUUGGUCCAACAACUCAAAGCAAUAUUCCAAACAAUAUGAUGCCAUCAAUGGCUGGUCCAGGCAAUAAUGUAUCUUAUGCUUGUCCUCCCAGAGCUCCUUUAAAUGUGAAUCAAACGAAUGAUAAUAUUCCUUUGAAUCCAAACAAUAUUGGCAACAGGAUGGGUGGUUUUGGAUCGAUGUCUAGUAAUAACUUCGAUCCCAUUAGUUCUCUUGCACAAAUGAGUCAACAACUCACGAAUACUACGAAUAAUAGUGCACUCAACAAUGAAAACUCGGUGAUGCACGGUGCCAACCAUCAUGGAAUGAUGUCAUUCAAUCAGCCUCCACAUAACAUGCACAUGAUGCCUCAGCAAAUGCAACAAAAUGAAUUGAAUGGAAGCUGUCACAUGGGUCCUGGACCAAGUGGCCCUGGACCUGGACCUGGUCCUAGUGGAGAACUAAGCGAUGUAACAAAUAUAAAUAUGGGACUAGGCGGUCCUGCGACCAGUUAUAGUCCAACUUCACAUACUGGCAGCCCAGGAAUGCAAAAUAAAAUGAGCCAAAUGGGUUCUAUGGGUAUGGGACCUCAUGGAAUGAUGGGUGGACCUCCAGGAUCUAAUAUGCACGGAAAUGUGAAUAUGAAUGUCAAUGUGCCUGGAGCUGGCUAUGCUGGAGGACCUGGUCCAGGUUCCGGUAUGAUGGGUGGUUCUGGACAGCAUAACAUGCAUCAUGGUCCUUAUAAUGGAGCAAAUAUUCAGGUCAAGCCUAGUGCACCCAAUACAAUUCAGUAUCUGCCUGCAAGGCCAAACAUUGGACAUCCCCCGAGAGGGCCGCCGAGCUUAGAUUUUCUACCACGAUUUCCAAAUCCAAUGAACAACAUGGAAAAUAAAAUGAAUUCACCUAAUGUUAAUUUACCAUAUUUUCCUAAUGGAAGUAUGCCACAAGGUCCUCCAGGAAGUAUGGGUGGUGGAUCUGGACCUGGUGGCCAACAAUUAGGACCAGUUGGUCCUGGAGGAAUGGGCGGUCCGGCUCCAGGAAUGCAUCCUGGCAUGAGGCCGCAAAUACGUCAGCAACCGAAUCUUAUGCGAAUGCAACAUAUGGGUGGCGGAGGAGUUUUUCCAGGUAAUCCCAUGGAUCAGGACAAAUUGUUCAAUCCUGACAUGAUGGGACCUGGGCCACAAUCAGGCAACUCAGCGUCAGGGAUGUAUGGAGGUCCUAAACUCCAACACCAAAACCCAAUGGGUCAGAUGGGUCCUGUGCCACCUGAUGCUACACAGCCUCUUCCCCCAAGUAUGGGUGCAGGAGCUGGACCUGUAGCGAAUUUCAAAAAUAGUCCUUUUAUAGGAGGUGGACCUAACAUGUCUGAUCCAAAUUAUGCACAGCAGUUCCAUAAUUUUCAGCAGCAGUUGUAUGCUACAGGAACUAGAGGGGCCAGUAACGGACCGCAGGGUGGACCGGGACCUGGUUCCGGACAUCCAGGAUCUAUGCAUAACCAGCAGCAGCAAUUUUUCAUGCCGAAAUAAGCACUAGUUGAAGUGUUGCCAUUGUUAUUGUGAGUUACGUUUUGCUGAUGAAUCACUUGUGCAGAGGCCUACGAGUUCGGUAGUCGCUGGUUCUCCUUACGAAACGUUUCAUCUAAAUCCAUGUGAUUGUGUUGCAUAAAUAGAGUCAAUUACAGUUGCUCACAACUCGUUGCUGUGGAUAAGUGCCCAUCGAUCGAAAAGAAGUGUUUGCAAUUUAGCACGAUACUGUAAAAUAUUUUUAUUUCAUUACGACGAUGUUUAAUUUAUUUGUAAACACAGACGCAUCUUUCAUAUCGUGAUUAAGAACUUUUUGAUCGAAAGGCACUUCUCUACUGACGCGUAAUACUUCGAUAUGUGACUUUUGUCAAAGCACCUCGAAAGUUUUGCGUUUUUAUUUAUUACUACAUAAAUAAGUUUAAUUUUUACGUUGCGACGAUCGGUACAGCUAAUGUCUGUAAAGAGAAAGUUCCGCAUGAAAACUGAGGUGCUUCCUGAAUGGACGGAAAUUUUUACUAGACGUUAGUUAAAAAUAACAUGGAACGAAGAAAAUGAAGCAAAACUAGUGAUUGUACUUGAGAUUAUUUAUUGUAAGUGUACAUGAGAGAAUGAAAAUGAAUAAUUGAAAAAUUCGAAUAUUUGAAAAAUUGUAAAGAUACUUUAUAGUAAAAGUUGACGUUUUCUGUACAUAUAGAUUAAGAGGAAUUUGGGCUUUCGCAAUGUCGCUCAACGCGCACAAGAAGUAUACUCACUCGCGCUAUGGAUGAUAUAGUAUAAUAAAAAAAUCGUGAGCUGUCGAAAAGCUCUUGGCAAUCGUCAAAAAACAUUGAGGAAUUAAAUUUCAAAUUAAAAACAAAAUUUCAUUUUAAUGAAAAAUAACGUGUUGAAAAUUUACACAAUUAUUUGCGUUUUUAGAUUAUUAUUAACAAGAAGCACGCCUAUAAAGUGGUAACUACCGAAGUUAACAUUUUUUAAGAAAUGCGGUUUUGUUAAAGCCUUCAUUUAAAAGGUCAUCUCGUGUCUUUUUGUCUGAUGCUCAUAUACUUAAAUAAAACGAACUUGAAA